CCACCAAAAUGUACCAGUCUCGAGUCUCGACUGAAAGAAACCUAUCUCGACCAAGAGACUCUGGUUACGCCGUCAUGGUUCUAUCUGUGAGCGCGACGCACUCUUUUUUUUCCCCUGGUCAACAGACCUAAUUAGUGAACUGAUACCUCUCAUGGUUGGAUUGUUGUACUUUAAUGUAUCUGGCGCAGACUGCUCGCCAGUCUAUACUGGAGCCGAGACUUUGGCUCAUGAAUACGAACUUUAGGAGUUUCCCGCACCGACCAGCAAUUCCCCAUUCGGUUUUUCGUGCUAUUAGUUCGUAUAGUCGCCGUCCCUCUGCGUCGUGUAGCAUGUUUGUAGCUCACACGCUCUUGCAUCGAUUUCGUUCAGCAGCAUCCGGUAUAUACGAGCGCGAUUUCCACAGGCCUAGUACAGCUACGCCGCCGCCUCCGUCUUCGUUAUAAAAAUGCCCUCAGCCAAUCGUAGAAGCCGGCGAGCGGAGAGACGGCGGCGGCCGGGUUCCGCUCUCCGCUGUCUGCGCGCGCGCAUCUGCGCGUAUUGCCUGCACGGGCUCACGCCGCACCUGCGCAAGGCGCUCGAGUACCUGCUCCUGCUGCUCGCGUGCGCGCUGCUGCUGCUGCUCUUCUUCAUGCACUCCACCUUCGUCCACCAG